AGCACAUCGGGGAUCAGGAAGAUAUCGGCACAGGUCCCGAUCAAGAUCCCGUUCUCGGCACCACAGCCGAUCAAGAUCCCGUUCUUGAGGAAUGGGUUCGGAAACUUGUAGCUGAAUGGGCUGUGGCUUCUGCUCGGCAGAGCCACUGAGUCCAACACAAGGAGAUACACAGGAGGUCAAGCAUUACCAUGGUUAAGAGAAGAAAUUCUCUUGCAGCUUUCCUGGUUAUAGCAUACCAGGAAUCCCUUAUGCUUAACACAUCCACAGGAAACAUUGCUUUAUAUUUCAGUGAUUCAGAAAUACAUUUAAGAAAGUACAGAUAUAUUCAGUUUUUGAAACCAUGUAGAUAAUCAGAAGAUUUUUUUCUUUUCUUUCUUUUUUUUGGCAGACAUAUUUUCCUGCUUCUUAUUAAGAAACAAAACAAACUAAAUUGUCUGCAUAGUUUUUUUUUGUUUUUUUUUACCUCCCAGAUGCCUGAUUACUUGUUAUGGUAUUCAACUGAGAGUUUGUUUAUGUUUUGUAAUUGGAUUUAUUUUCUCUUGAAUUUGUUUUCAAAUACUUAAAAAAAAAAUCACUACUCCUUUAUUUUUUGGGAGAGAAAGAGAAAAAAGCAAAAGUGAAAUUGCAUUAUUUUUGAGGCAAUCAUCAUCAGUUUAUUUUUAAAAAGAAAAAAGAAAAAAAAACAAUGUAGCAAAAGUAAAUGAAUAUAAGGGGGUUGGAAAGCAAUAUUGUAGGUAAUCAUCCUGCAAUACGCAGUUGUGUUUAUUGGUCAUAUGUUAUAAAAAUAUAAUUUAAACAGAGCAUCCAUAUGCAUAAGAUUUAUCAGUUAUGGUACAGAAACUUUAAAAAUUCCAACAGUAUGGCAUUUUACUUUGAAGAAUGCUAUAUAAUGUAAAUUUUUAUUUUGUGUUGCUAUUACUGAUCCAGCAUUGAUUAUUAAUUUUUGGUGGUAAGUCAAAAUUGGAUAGACUUAGAAAAUAAUAGAUGUGAAUGAAUUUUGUGUGCGUGCAAAUUUGUUGUAGAGUGAAAAUAACUGAUGUAUUUUGGUUGUAUAAGUGUAGUAAUAAAUAUGAAAAUACAAAA